AAAACGGCUUCAGUUCGAAAGCACGCUUCCAAGCAGACGGUCGUCGAUUUUGAUUCAGAGUGCUGAGUGAGUGACGAGUGAGAUUUAAGCCACGAUUCGAGUCGAGUACCGAGUGCAGUUGCCGCGGUCGGUGCCUGGAAGCCAAGGCGUCCCAAGCCAAAACCCUACGCUCUCUUCUCGGGCCCCAGUUUCAAGCCAUCGGUGCGUCUCUAUCUGGAUUUCGCUGUUUUGAUACAUCCAGUGGGUCGUAAAUCUUCGACGAACCGUAAAUUAUUAAACAGCUCGCUACGCAGCGUGCUCAUAUUUUACAGUUGAGAGAGCUCCGUGGAGGAAAACAGCCCCAAGAUUUCGAAAACAACGAAAAUGGUCUUCGACUGCGGAGUCUGGUGUGCAAAGUAUUUGCUUUGCAUAUUCAAUUUUAUAUUUUUCGUGCUAGGCACAAUUAUAUUCGGCAUCGGACUAUGGCUGGCCGUGGACAAGCACUCGCUGAUUGCUCUCCUCAAGUUGGUCGAGAGCGAGCGCAUCGAGCAAUUUACACAGCCGCAGGCCAUAGAGCAGCUGGCCUAUGUUCUGCUCGUCAUCGGGGCCGUCAUGUUCUUCAUGAGCUUCUUGGGCUAUCUGGGAGCCAUGCGCGAGUCCCGCUGUCUGCUGUCGACGUACGGAACCUUCUUGAUCCUGUUGCUGAUCGCCGAGAUCGUCGCCGGGGGACUGGGCGCCUUCUUUAAGGACAAGGUUCGUUCGGAGAGCAAAAACUUCUUGCAGACGACCAUCAACAGCUACUCGCUGGGUGAGAAUGUGGACGCCACCUCACUGAUGUGGAACCAGUUGAUGGGCAACUUUGGAUGCUGUGGCAUCAAUGACUACCGCGACUUCGAGGCCUCACCGGCGUGGGUGAGCGGCAAGGGUAACCGAACCAUUCCGGAUGCCUGCUGCAUCCUCAAGGAUGUGGCCAAGUUGGUGCCACGCGACGAGGAUUGUACCACCAAUCCCAGCGACAGCAACAGUUUCUACAAGAAGGGCUGCUACGAGGUCUUCACCGAGUGGCUGAUUAGACAACGCGAACUGAUCAUCGUGGCCAUUGCGGUGGGCAUUGUGCACCUGGUCCUCAUUAUCCUGGCCUUCGCCCUGUGCAAGGCCUUUGCCAAAUACAACGACAUGCGUCUGUAAAUCGCCGAUGACGAGGACAGCGGAUGUUGUGACAGUUUUCAGAGUUAGCAAAGUAGACGUAGGAACGAGCCAAAACAGCAGGACAGUGAAGAGCGACGAUCCCUCCUAGAACUCCCCCAA